AUGAGCAGUGAUUUCAGCAGUGUGCUGGAAGCUGAGGGCGAGAGCUGGGCUAAUGGGAGCAGAAAUGCUGCCGGCCUGAGGGAGUUCUAUUCAGCGGUGGGCGUGGGUUUCUAUGGAAACAGUGAAACCAACGAUGGCGUUUACCAGUUGACUUACUCCAUUUCCAAUGCCAAUCACACACUGGGUAGCAUUGGCAGUCUGGUGGGAAACUCACUGGGUAGUAUGCAGGUCGGGCUGAAAGAACACCUGGAGCGGUUGGAUGAGAUAUUUUCUCCACGGGGAGACUACACCCAAACCUUGCGCUUCAUGCAGCAGAUGGCCAACAACAUUAUCCAGCAGAUGACAGCCAUGCCAGACACAGGGAAGGUGCAAGUGGAUUUGGCAGCCAUCGCAGAUAAAACUUCAUUCAUAGAGUACUACAGAUGGUUAACAUACCUGCUUCUUCUGAUUUUGGACCUAGUCAUCUGUCUCAUAGCAUGUCUGGGAUUGGCAAAGCAGUCUCGAUGGAUGCUCACAGUUAUUAUGGUGUGUGGUGUACUGACCCUGAUCAUGAGUUGGGCAUCAUUAGGAGCGGGCACAGCAACAGCUGUGGGCACCAGUGACUUUUGUGUCUCCCCUGACAAGUUCAUUGUCAAUCAAACCAAAGACUCCUUAAGUGCAGAUAUAGUGCACUAUUACCUAUACUGCAGCCAGAGUCUUCCCAAUCCGUUCCAGCAGUCUUUGACCAUCUUCCAGAGGUCUCUGACCACCAUGCAGAUACAGGUGCAAGGUUUGCUGCAGUUUUCUGUCGCUGUGUUUCCCACCGCAGAGAAAGAUCUUCUAGGGAUUCAGCGGAUCUUGAACUCUUCAGAGUUCAGUUUGCACCAGCUGACCGCCUUGCUGGACUGCCGUAGUCUGCAUAAAGACUAUCUGGAGGCUCUGCUGGGCGUUUGCUACGACGGUGUUGAGGGGCUCCUGUAUCUGUGCCUGUUCUCUCUGCUGGCAGCCUGUGCCUUUUGUGCGCUGCUGUGUGCCGUCCCACGAGCCUGGACCCUUAUCACAAUCAGGGACAGGGAUUAUGAUGAUAUCGAUGAGGAAGACCCCUUUAACCCAUCGAGACGCAUCACGCCAUAUAACCCCAGCCGAGCUCAAGUUCACAGUUUCUGUAGCUACAGCAGCAGCAUGGGCAGCCAGACGAGUCUGCAUCCUCCUCUGCCAGCCACGUCCAGCACACCAGAGUACAUGAACCAGUCCAUGCUAUUUGAAAGGAGUCCGCGCUAUGAAAACGUCCCGUUGAUUGGGAGCGGUUCACCACCACCAUCGUUAUAUCCUCAGACAUUUAGAAACAUAUUCGCCCAGCAUGAAGACCACCUACCUGUCUAUGACUGAGGCCCAAAUCAGACACUUCGGCACAGACUUCCAGAUUUAGCUCUCCUGGUUCCUCAUCCUCAAGAGGUCUCUCGUCUCAUCUCAAAGGAGGACACCUGUGGAUGUUAAAGUACAAAUAUUUAAUGCAUCAAAGGGACUUCUCAAAGACAGCAUGCUAUCCGAGUCUCAUCUAGAGAGGCACAGGAUACCUCAGAGGUUUAUGGGUGGGCUCUGAUCAUGUAAAAAUAUUCACUUACUCUCCUCAGGGGCUCGCCAGAUCAUUAAUAAAUCGUUUUCUGUGAUAGCAGCAGACUGGAUCAGCCUGGUGUUCGAGAUUCAGGUUUUGAUUAGCACUUCAGCUUCGGGCAUAUAAAUGGUGAUUAAUGGCUAAAGUAAAAAUAAUGGUUUCAUUUUACCACACAAAGGCCUUGAGCUUGAUUAUGAGCCUUUAAUUAAUAUACACUGUCUUUUGUACUGGUUAAAUAGACACCAAAAUGAUGAUGAAAUGAUCGAUUGAACGGGCUUCUGUGAUGGUCUGCUGUGAUGAACAUGUUUUGCAUGAGGAACAAGGUGUUUUGUUGGUGCCUCUCUUUAAAAAUAAAUGUCUGUAGACAAAUAUGUCUGCUAUUCAUUUCAGGAACAUUAUGAGCCUCACGCAUAGAACAAAGAUAAAUAUGAAUCCUAUUCUGCAAUGGUAGAUCCGGGGAUGAACCAUUUGGAAAUCACAGACAGAUUAGUUGUUUGUUUGGUUCAAGCUCCUUAAAGUAUCUUUGUCUGUUUAUUCAAACUAGAUCAAAGCUGACAAAGCCUAUUUUUCUAGUUUAAGCGCUUUUGUGUGUUUCCACUGAUGUACUGCACAGACCUGGCCAUUUCUAAAGAAAUGAUUGUUAUUGAGGUUCACGAUGCAGCUGUUCGGACUGGCAGCUGUUUAUUAUCCCAGUGAAUGAAAAAGAAUCAAAUCAGAUCAGAUUAUACAUGUUGAAUUCUACCACUAUUAUCGUCUUUAUUUGUCAUAACAUUUCAAAAGUGCUGUUUUUUAAUUAUUAUUAUUAUUGUUAAUG